GUUCACCUUCCAAUAAAGGUGAAAAUAUUUUUUAUUGCCGGUCUGCAUUACUGUUAUUAUUGUUAUCUGUACCAUUUUUUUCUUUGUUGUAGAUGUCCGCCGGGCACGGCGACGGAGGUGCUUUUGGUCCGGCCGAGGACGACGCGUACAACAGCUACUACGCCCCCGUGAAUGGACCAAACGCUCGACCUACGGUCUCGCAUUCGCCUCCCGCAGCGUCACCACCCUCGACGCCCGCUGACUCCACACGUGUGCGACCUUCCACAUCGGUUCCUUCGACACUACUGAGUAGGGGCGUCGCGCUCGUUGAGGUUCACAGCCCGCCGCCUCGGUUGCCCUCACCUGAAGCGACGCAGGCGUCUACUUCGGAUGGUCCUCCCAGUCAAAACGAAACAACAGCGCACACAGAAGAAGAGGACACGGCCCAGGUGGAGGCAGCGGUGUCUUCCACGACGUGGUGCAGUCCUGUCCAGGUGCUGCCCAACAGAAUCACGCGAACCGGUCUGACAAGAAGGGCGAGUGCAGGGUGGCCGUCAUCACCGAUCGUACUCACCUCCACCACCACCACACUACACGCAACGCAGCAGCAGCAGCAACGGGAACAGCAUGGACCGCCGACCUUCUCUACCGGCACUGCCGGUGCUCGUCCAGCAAGCAUUUCCCAUAGUCACCCCUUCGUGGGACAGGAAAGUGAAGCUACCGAAAAACACAUCAUGCAGCGGUCCUCACGAACAGCAGCAGCAGCAGCAGCCCACGAGCCUUCUGUCGAGGCACUGAACUCGGGGGAGCGACGCAGCGUUACGGUGACGCAGCACCCGCUCGACCCCGUCAGUUACGACGACGAGGCGAAGGCAGCUGACAUCAGCAGCGCAGCACACAACCAUCGAACACGCCUCUUCGCCCCUGAUUUCGACUCUCCGGGUCAGACCGCGGCCGAAGAGAUGAGGGAGUGGCGAUCAGGCGAGGAGCGCCGCACACGGCUGCCUGCAAUAGUGGAGAUGCACUCGGAGUCUUCGUCCUCCGCAGCCGUGACACCUCCGGCGACGGCGGCCUCCGCCUCAGUUGUGUUGUCUGUUGGCGAGGACACGAACAUAUCGCAUCCAAUGCUCGUCGGUUCCAGCACGACAGUGGACAGCGCCACGACUGACUCGUCGGUGAAGAACGAGUUCGGCGUGGUGAGCGUGCACGGGGAGGAGACGUCGGUGCUGCCCACGCCCUACCCCGUCACCUCCACCAGCAGCCUUGCCGACUGGUCCUCCGCCCCGCGACUGGGCUUUGCUCCACCGGCGAGCCCCAAUGCUGCCAGCGCGGAAGCCGCGUCGCUGCCCCGGCGCGACGCCGACGAACGGAAGCGCGAGGACCGGUGGUACCGCCUCUGCCGCGGCGUCUCCCUCCUCGCUAGCGCGUCGCCAGAGGCCAUUGUGCGGCUACGCAGCGCAGCUCGCGAGUACGGCAUCCCGCACCACUUACGUGGCGUGAUGUGGCUGACACUGACCGGGAUGGCACUGAAGGUGGACGAGAACGAGUACUUCUGUGCCACGCUGCUGCGCCGCAACGGGUACGUGACGGGCCCGAACGCGGAGGCGAUUGCAGCGGACGUGCAGCGCACCUUCCCCGGUCACCCGUACUUCUCCGAGCGCGACGUCGGUAUCUACAAGCUGACAAACGUGCUGCACGCGCUGUGCUGGCGCAACCCGCUCCUCAGCUACUGCCAGUCCUUUAAUUUUCUAGCCGCUUUUCUGUUGCUCGUCCUCGACGACGAGGAGCGCGUGUUUUGGCUGCUCGUGCACAUUACGGAGCAGCUGCUGCCGAACGACUUCUACGGUGAGACGCUGCUCGGGGCGAACGUGGAGCAGGCGGUACUGGAGAGCCUCGUGCAGCGAAGACUUCCCCUUGUGGCCGCGAAAUUCAGCGCGGCGGGUCUGCAGGUGCACACGCUGGUGGCGAACUGGAUGAUGUCGCUCUUUGUGAACAGCUUUCCGCCCGCCACGUCGCUGCGCCUGUGGGACUACCUGUUCUGCCGCACGGCCAAUCCCGGUGAGCGCACCCCGGCCCACCUAGAGAUCACCCUCGCCGUUCUGCAGUAUUUGGACAAGAGGAAUUUUCUGGCCGGCGAGGACGCGGGAGAGCUGCUCGUCGCGCUGCGGGAGCAGACGGCGUGCUUGUACGACGCAGCGGCAGUGAUUCGAAUAGCAAACACGUUUGCCAUUACACCGGACGAACUUCACCAACUUCGGCGCGAGGCGAAGCCAACGGUGGUGCAGAACCUGAAGGCGCGUGAGCGGGCUCGCGCCAGUGAGCAGGAGCGGCGACUGGCGCAGGACCUCCGGCUUAGACGGCACGCCAACUCAUCCGGAUCUGGUGCGUAA